AUGUCGACUCUUUCUGCUCCCUCGUCAUCCGCCCUCUUGGUCGAUCCCACGAAACAAGCCGAGUAUCCGAUCCUGCUGGGUGAUAAGUUGGCGGGGAAAGCUGAUGGGACCCAGUUCGUCAAUAUCACAUACAAUUACAAGAGCAAGUCGGCCACGCCCCAGCAACGGACAACUAUUACCCGUUCGUCGACGUCGCGGGACAUCUACAACCUCACGAUCAAGGACAAGGCUGGCAAUGCGGAACAGACGACGUUGACAUAUUCAUAUCGGGGGAGUGUUGACCCAUCUGUGCCGGUGCAGGAGUCUGAGACAAAAAACCUGGUUCUCGUCUUUGACCCAAAGCGGAAGGCGUUUAUCUUGGAGCCGGUCAGCACGAGCUUGAACUUCAAUCUGCGUUCCGCACCAGGGAAGUCGGACAAACAGGUGCUGGAACAGUAUCCCCAGCUGAGCACCCUGCCGGAGGAGGACCAGGCCUCGGGAGAUGACCGGUCCAAGCAGGAAGGGAGCGACGACGAGAGACCCGAAGCGGCAGAUGAGAGCAAUCCCUACGACUUCCGACAUUUCCUUCCCAAGGAGAACACUGAACGGGACAAACCCGCUGCUUCUCCAAACACAACCCCAGACCCGCACAACACUGCAAACAAUGGCACCACCCCGACGCUGUCGUCUACCAAGGAAGCCAAACCAAAACCAUUGCCAAAGACCAAGCCACAGACCAACCCCCUCCGGCAGGUGAAGCGGCCGCCAAAGGCUGCUGCGGCGAGCGCCAGCUCUGCAACAGCGAGGUCACCGCCAAAGUCUACUCCUCGUGUCGAGCAGGAGGAUGUGGUUUCUGAAUCAGCGCCUUCAGAUGAGGAGCAGAGGGACAACAAACGCGAGUCGAGCAAGAUCGGGGCGUCUCCAAGCUCCAAUAUCAUUAUCGACGGAGACCUGAUCAUUGACAUGGGUUCGCCACCGUCACGUCCAGCGUUCAAGGUUAAUCCUGCUCAUUUUUCGUCGAAUAACACAUCCGCCAAUGAAGCCGAUGAUGAUGGUGACGAUGAAGAGGAAAUUGAAGAUUUGCGGUUACCAUCUCCGGCCCGGCACAAUGACACAAGCGGUGACCAGCCGCCUGCACAGCACGAGGAAGCUUCUGAUGACGAAAUGGAGGAUGAUCCGCUGGCUGCGGAGAUGGAAGCUGCAUUCGAAGAAGAGGAGGCGACGAGAAGUCAGCAGCUCCACCAGCAGCAGCAGCAGCAGCAAUAUACCGUACUUAGCGAUGAAGACGAGAGUGAGGUAAGCGAGGAGGAGCUGGCUGUUUUUCUAUCUAUUCAAGUGAACAUAGCGGCGGCGCAACUGGGAGUUUUGGAAACAAUGAUGGCCUUUGAGCCUGGCGGGAAAUAUUGGAUAUUUGAUACCAUAUACCAUGAGUGCAAUGUAUUUUCACUUCAGUUCAGCUCAGUUCAGUUCAUUUGCUUGGCUAUAUCUAUGUAUUACAUAAUUCCUAGAGACUUCACAGGCUCGAAUUUAGGCUGCCCUUUCCCCCCUUCGAGUUGGAUAUUUCCUCUUGGGUGCACCGCUGGGCUCAUCCGCCGCACAGCCCUUUGCGACAUCCACCGCAAAAGACAAACGCCGCACGAUGAUACCGAUUCAUUCCGCCAUGGUUCUCUCACUCUUUUAACUUCUUAUCUAUCUAGAUCACCACUUUCUCCGCAGGAACGGAAGGACGUUUCUUUCGAGGCUGGAUUGCCCAGUCUGCCUCCGCGCGCGCAUUUGCUUCUACUCACUCCAUCGACUGAUCCCUCGGAGCUACAUUCCGCUCGACAACGACUCUCUUUCCACGCUGGCCGUCGUUUACACGAAACGCCGUCGAAUCCCGUCCUGCUCGAAGCGCAGUCCCAAUGGCUCUUCACAGAUGAAGAGCUCACGCGGACGCCAUCGCAACUGGAUGGCAUGUCCAUGGAGGCCGAGCAUACGAGUCGCAGCAAGGGUGUCAAUUUCAUUGUGCAGGUCGGGAUCAUGUUGAAGCUUCCACAGCCCACUCUCGCGACCGCAAGCGUGUAUCUGCACCGGUUUUUCAUGCGAUACAGCAUGGUUGAUCUGCCCAAUCGGCCGGGAAUGCACCCGUAUCCUAUUGCGGCGACGUCUCUCUUUCUUGCUUCCAAGAUGGAAGAGAACUGUCGGAAGAUGAAAGAUUUUGUUGUCGCAUGCUGCCGGGUCGCGCAGAAAAAGCCGGACCUGGUCGUGGACGAACAAUCCAAGGAAUUCUGGAAGUGGCGGGACACGAUAUUGCACACGGAAGAUCUGCUUCUUGAGGCAUUGUGCUUCGAUCUGCAGCUGGAACAGCCGUAUCGCAUUCUGUACGAGUUCAUCUGCUUCUUCGGAGUCAAUGACAACAAGCCUCUGCGCAAUGCGGCCUGGGCAUUCGUCAAUGACUCCAGCUACACGGUUCUCUGUCUGCAGUUCACCCCCCGUAUCAUCGCUGCCAGCGCUCUUUAUGCGGCUGCUCGGCUAUGCAACGUGGCGUUCGAGGAUGAUGCGGCAGGGCGUCCGUGGUGGGAGCAAAUCGAUGUCGAUCUUUCCAAGGUGCGGCAGGCGUGUAACCGGAUGGUCCGGCUGUAUGAGAAAAACUCGGUCCACCGGCAAAGCCACCCGUAUCCGACCGUUCCUAUCGAGGGGGAAGCGGUUCUCGAGACGACGCGAAUUCCCCGUCCUCGCCGCGACAGCGUUACGGGCACGUCCUCGGAUGGAGAAGUGAAUGGGCGGAAGCGUUCAAGAGAGGCAGAGGAGGACAACACGGGCAGUCGCCCUGGUUCCUCGUCGCAUCCGCCAGAGCAGCAGUCUCUGAAGAACGGGUCGUCUUUUGACAGCAGCCAUCACAACGAAGAGCCUUCUCCGAAGCGGCAACGGUUGUCUCAAGACAGUGAUUCGAAGGAACCAAAGCCACCACCGGAUACGCACCACUACAAUAGUUCACAGGCCUCAACCUCGUCCAAUCUUUCCUUCUCCUCUCAGCCCGUCAACGGACACCAUCCGGCCAGCAGCAGUAACGAAUACUACUCAUCACAAAACUCGCAUCCUUCUUAUUCGAAACAUCAUCAUCAACAACAUAAUCAUCACAGACCAUACCCUCAACCGCCUCCUCCUCCCCCACCGCCUGUUUCUCACGAAGCGCCCGACCCUAUUCAGCAGCGGAUCGACGAGAUUGUGCAGCAAGGCUUAGCUCGCAACAGCGGCAACGACAAACCGCGCGGCGACAAGUAUCGUCCAGCGUGGGAUAGGGAUCGGGAUCGAGAUCGAGAUCGAGACUGGCAGCGCGAGAGACGUCGCUCGUCAGUAACGUCAGGAUCCGGCGGAGGAGGACGAGACGAAGGCGGAGGCGGUCAAAAACCGAGCACCACCACUACAGGAUCUGCUGCAGGAUCUGCUGCUCCUGAACGCGGUCGAACACAGGGAGCAGCAGAAGCAGGUGAUGAUGAAGAAGAAGGCGAAAUAAAGGAAGAAGAGGAAGGAGAAAUAAAAGAAGAAGGAGAGAUAGACGCCGACGAAGAAGGCGGCGGAAGCGAAGAAGGAGAAGUGUAG